AUGACUCCCAGCAAGAGGGGAACCCCUAGAGGAGGUUUAUCUGUCAAGAUGACUCAGUCACUAGACUCCUACAUCAACCCUAUCUGUCAAGAUGACUCAGCAGAGGGGAAACGUACUGGGUGUUUCCGGUUCGGAGGGUACCUAGGCUCCGGCACGUAUCCACCCCCCCCUCCUUCUCUCCAGCUUCCUGCUCUCUGCUUCACCCCUACAGCAGAGUUACAGCCCCAUGACAGGCACAUGGUGUGGGAUACUAGCUCGUCCCAGCCUGGGGGAAGGAGAGACUACCCACUGGUCAGGUCCCAGCCUGGAGGAAAAAGCUUUGAGUCUCUGAUGAAGGCAUCAGAGAACCACACCAACCUGGUCCUCCAGGCGUCGUACCGUAACAUGGCUGGGGAGGCGUCAGGUCUGGUGAGAGAGUUGUUCACUGACGUCGGCCUCUUCCUCCUUGGCUCCGAACUCAACGUUGAUGACAUCACCAGCCGCUUCUUCGACGCUCUCUUCCCAUUGGUCUACCACCACCUCAUCAACCCCAGCCUCAGCCGCGUCACCCCCGGUUACGCCGAGUGCGUCCGCUCCGCCCGCCGCGAUUUGACCCCGUUCGGCGCCGCUCCGGGUGUCCUAGCCAAUCAGAUCGGGAAGUCGGGGGUCGGGGGUCGUGUGCUGUUACAGGCGCUGCACCUCGGCGUAGAGGUGAUCAACACCACGGAUCGCCUGGUGUUUAGCAGGGAGUGUCGUAGAGCUCUGCUAAGGAUGCAGUACUGUCCCCACUGCCACGGACUCACCCUGUCUAAACCCUGUAUGGGCUACUGUCUCAACGUGAUGCGUGGCUGUCUGGCGAGCAUGGCUGAGGUGGACCCCCAUUGGAGAGAAUUCGUGAGGUCGUUAGAGGGGCUGUCGGCACGCAUGCACGGAACUCAGGACCUGGAGCAAGUGCUGCUGGGAGUUCACGCCGUCGUCCACGAUGCCGUCGCACAUGCUCAGAGGAACGGGCCACACCUCUCUGCACAGGUGUAUAAAGUAUGUGGUCGUCCCAGUAGACAGCCUGCCCAGUCAGUCAGUGGCCAGCAGGACGGAGAGUCCAUCCCUCUCAAAGCCUUCAUCAGAGAAACAGGAAACAGCCUGGCUACCAGGAGGAAAGAGUUCCUGAGCAGUCUGCGUUUGUACCGUACCUUCUACGGUGGCCUGGCGGACCAGCUGUGUGUGAACCAGCUGGCCUCCACCGAUGGCCUGGCCUGCUGGAACGGAGCCGACGUUGUCAAGAGUCCCCUCACGGCCAUGUGUCUGUGUCAGUCUUAUCUCUGA